CAAUUUAGACCUAAGCAACUCAGAUUUCAAAUCGAAUACGCCUUGUAAUUGUCCUAGCUCCGAUACAAUAAAAUAUAUACCUAUAUUUCAAAUAUUAUUUCAAAUUCGCGCCUUGUCUUUGAAAAUGUGGACCAUUCGAAUGAUGGUGGCAGCCCUGCUGCUUGUGUGUUUUGUAGCACUGGUGAACAGCUGUUCUUGUGGCGAAACACACAAAUUGGAGUGCGGAUGCACAAAACAUUAA